UGACAGACGUUUUUUUUUUAACUUUGCAGAGUACGGCAGACUUAAUAAGUUAACCAUAAAAACUAUUGUUCGAGCGCACAAGUCUGCAAAAAAAAAUUCAAUUAACCAUAUGGCAUCAGUUAAAAUACCAGAACAUAAAAUUAUUUUAUGCGGUGAAUUCGGUGUUGGAAAGAGCUCUCUAUUCAGACGAUAUGCUGCUGAUACAUUCAUCACUGCCACUGAUAGAAAAUCUACAUUAGGGCUGGACCAUUAUGAAAAGCUUUAUAAAACCAAGUCCAGGGAUGUGAAGCUGCAGUUAUGGGACACAGGAGGAAUGGAACGAGUGGCCUCCAUAACCUCAUCUUAUUACAAGUUCUCAGAAGCUGCCAUUCUCGUUUUUGCUCUUGACAAUCCAGAUUCAUUCAAUGUUCUAUCCCAACAUUUACUUGAUGUUGUUACUUAUGCUGAGAAUGCAAAGAUAUUCCUAUGUGGAAAUAAAUAUGAUCUUAAAAGCCAAAUUUUAGUUUCUGAUGCUGACAUGGAAACAUUUAGUGAGCAGUGCCACAAUCUCAUUUCUGGAAUAUAUAAAACGUCUUGCAAAACUGGCGAGGGUGUUGAAGAAAUGUUUGCUGAUAUUGCAUCCAAGCUUGGAGAUGCUAACAGGUCACGGAAGGAGUUGGAUGCCUUGACUGAUGAAUCAUUCAAAGUCACUACACAUCUUGAUUCAACACCACAAGAUUCUUGUUUAUGUUGAAAACGCUUGCUACCUAUGCUGUGGCACUAUUUCCAGAACUCGAGAGAUGACUUGGUGCAGAUGUUCUUCCCUUUCUUGCAUCUAACCUCUGGGUUGCGAAUAUGAGCUUCAGCCAUCGUUCUCAGCAUCACAUUACGUCAAUCUCAUUCAUAUUUGUAAUAUACAUGCAUGACAGUCAUGUCGAAGGUAUUGGAUGGUGACAAGUUGAAGGGGUGCUCUCAUCUCAGCAUGCCUCCAUUGUUGAAGUCUCUUUAAGCCACUGUUACCAAGUAUACUAGAAAGUUAGUUUUCUAAAAUAUUUCAUUUACGUAGAUAUACAUAAGUGAGUGCCAGCUAUUUCACGAAAAGUUCAAGAAUCGGCAACAGGCCAUGGGCCUAUUUCUUCAACGCCGACACUUCUAUUCUAUUCUACGUAGAUAUACAUAAGUGAGUGCCAGUUAUUUGAAAAUUAUUACGCUCCACUUUGUUUCAGAAAGGCGUAUUAAAAAAAAACGUCCACAAGCUUCUUACGCAUACUUCCAAGGACUUUUCAUUGUAGGAAUAAGAAAUAUUUUACUCGAGCCUGAGUUCAUUGUUUCGAAUACAUUGCUGAAACAACAGGAGUGGUAUUGAUAGUUACACUUGCCUUGCUAAUCCGAUCCCAUUCUUUAAUUUUUCUUCGAUGAUUAUGAUGGGCAGAUAUCUUUUCUAAAGUUGUAGUGGAAAAGCUUGCUUAGUUCGUCGAGGUGCCUUAGUUGUAGUCAAAUCUGUACAUACGUUUCGUAGCCACUAGUCAUACGAAUGCCAAUCUUGCCAGCAUGUGUCAUGACGCCUCAAUGAAGACGUAUUUGAAUUUGACGGCCUGCGUUGCCAACAUCGUGGCGAUGCACAGAGAUCUACUGACGACGCUAUAAUUUUUAUAGACCACAAAACUGAUGAAUUAAUUAGUCGGUGCCAAAAUUUAGUGCAUUAGUUUCUCAGUAUGAACGAUUUUACUUCAGCCGGAGCCUCAUGCUUUGAAAAAAAACACGAAAUUCUGAAUGUAGUCUUUUUUAUAAUAUUAAAAUAAAGACAAUAUAAGUGUACCGUACGGAA